GGACUCCGUUCUCCUUCCUGCGCUAGGGUGGGGGGCGCACAGGAGGUGCAGACCCCGCUGGCUUGGCUUCUUUGACCCUCACCUGGUCUAGGGAGCGACCUCAGGUCCUGGUGCUGUGAGGAAUGGGGUCGCCCCAGGACAGGUCCUGGUGACCUCCGACAGCCGUCGGGAUGGAGGUGAGACGGUAGCCGUGACGCCAGCCCUCGUGCACCCCUGCACCACAGCGGCCUGCAGCACUCCCCGCCCCCCGCCCCCGCGGCAGCGGGCCUUGCCGUCGAGUGACAGCGGCCUGGGGGGGCAGGGGGGGCGGGGGCGGCCAGACCAGCGAUGCCGGCGGGCAUGACGAAGCAUGGCUCGCGCUCCACCAGCUCGCUGCCGCCGGAGCCCAUGGAGAUCGUGCGCAGCAAGGCGUGCUCGCGCCGGGUUCGCCUCAACGUCGGGGGCCUGGCGCACGAGGUGCUGUGGCGCACUCUGGACCGCCUGCCCCGCACGCGGCUGGGCAAACUUCGGGAUUGCAACACGCACGACUCUCUGCUCCAGGUGUGUGACGACUACAGCCUCGAGGACAACGAGUACUUCUUCGAUCGCCACCCUGGCGCCUUCACCUCCAUUCUGAACUUCUACCGCACCGGCCGGCUGCAUAUGAUGGAGGAGAUGUGUGCACUGAGCUUCAGCCAGGAGCUGGACUACUGGGGCAUUGAUGAGAUCUACCUGGAGUCCUGCUGCCAGGCCCGCUACCACCAGAAGAAGGAACAGAUGAAUGAGGAGCUGAAACGCGAGGCUGAGACCCUGAGGGAGCGGGAGGGCGAGGAGUUCGACAACACCUGCUGCGCUGAAAAGAGAAAGAAACUCUGGGACCUGCUGGAGAAGCCCAACUCAUCGGUGGCCGCCAAGAUCCUGGCCAUCAUCUCCAUCAUGUUCAUCGUCCUCUCCACCAUCGCCCUGUCACUCAACACUCUGCCUGAGCUGCAAAGCCUGGACGAAUUCGGCCAGAGCACAGAUAACCCACAGCUGGCGCACGUGGAAGCGGUGUGCAUCGCGUGGUUCACCAUGGAGUACUUGCUAAGGUUCCUGUCCUCACCCAAGAAGUGGAAGUUCUUCAAGGGCCCACUCAACGCCAUCGACCUACUGGCCAUCCUGCCCUACUAUGUCACCAUCUUCCUCACGGAGUCCAACAAGAGCGUACUGCAGUUCCAGAACGUGCGCCGUGUGGUCCAGAUCUUCCGCAUCAUGCGCAUCCUUCGGAUCCUGAAGCUGGCUCGCCACUCCACCGGCCUGCAGUCCCUGGGCUUCACACUGCGCAGGAGCUACAACGAGCUGGGUUUGCUCAUCCUCUUCCUUGCCAUGGGCAUCAUGAUCUUCUCCAGCCUGGUCUUCUUCGCUGAGAAGGAUGAGGAUGACACCAAGUUCAAAAGCAUCCCCGCCUCUUUCUGGUGGGCCACCAUCACCAUGACAACCGUCGGGUAUGGAGACAUCUACCCUAAGACUCUCCUGGGGAAGAUCGUAGGGGGCCUCUGCUGCAUCGCAGGGGUCCUGGUGAUCGCUCUUCCCAUCCCCAUUAUCGUCAAUAACUUCUCCGAGUUCUACAAGGAGCAGAAGCGGCAGGAGAAAGCCAUCAAGAGAAGGGAGGCUCUGGAGAGAGCCAAGAGGAACGGCAGCAUCGUGUCCAUGAACAUGAAGGAUGCCUUCGCCCGGAGCAUCGAGAUGAUGGACAUCGUGGUUGAGAAAAAUGGGGAGAACAUCACUAAGAAGGAUAAAGUGCAAGAUAACCACCUGUCUCCCAACAAGUGGAAGUGGACCAAGAGGGCACUGUCCGAGACCAGCUCUAAUAAGUCCUUUGAAACCAAGGAGCAGGGGUCCCCCGAGAAGGCCAGGUCAUCCUCUAGCCCUCAGCACUUGAACGUCCAGCAGCUGGAAGACAUGUACAAUAAGAUGGCCAAGACGCAGUCUCAACCCAUCCUCAAUACCAAGGAGAUGGCGCCACCGAGCAAGCCAAAGGAGGAACUGGAGAUGGAAAGCAUGCCCAGCCCCGUGGCCCCUCUGCCCGCGCGCACAGAGGGCAUCAUCGACAUGCGGAGCAUGUCCAGCAUCGACAGCUUCAUCAGCUGCGCCACGGACUUCCCCGAAGCCACCAGGUUCUCCCACAGUCCACUAGCGUCCCUCUCCGGCAAGGCUGGGGGAGGCAUAGCUCCGGAGAUGGGCUGGCGGGGGGCUCUGGGUGCCAGUGGCGGGAGAAUCAUGGAGACCAAUGCCACUCCUGAGGCCAGCCGCUCUGGUUUCUUCGUUGAGAGCCCCAGGAGCUCCAUGAAGACCAACAACCCCAUGAAGCUCCGGGCGCUCAAGGUCAACUUCAUGGAGGGCGAUCCCAGCCCCUUGCUGCCCUCUCUGGGCAUGUACCCCGAUCCUCUUAGGAGCAGAGGAGGUGCGGCAGCCGCAGUCGCAGGACUGGAAUGCGCCUCCCUCUUAGACAAGCCUGUGCUGAGUCCGGAGUCCUCCAUCUAUACCACAGCAAGUGCCAGGACGCCCCCUCACUCUCCAGAGAAACACACAGCAAUAGCGUUCAACUUUGAAGCGGGAGUCCACCAGUACAUAGACACAGACACAGAUGAUGAGGGUCAGCUGCUCUACAGUGUGGACUCCAGUCCUCCCAAGAGUCUCCACGGGAGCACCAGCCCGAAGUUCAGCAUUGGAGCUAGAACGGAGAAGAACCACUUUGAGAGUUCCCCCUUGCCCACCUCCCCUAAGUUCUUAAGGCCGAACUGUGUCUACUCCUCAGAAGGGUUGACUGGGAAAGGCCCUGGGGCUCAAGAGAAAUGCAAGCUGGAGAACCACACCUCCCCCGACGUGCACGUGCUGCCUGGAGGAGGAGCACAUGGGAGCACUCGGGAUCAGAGUAUCUGAGCUCCCGGCCACGGAGGGGAUUUGCAAGAGAAAUCAGGGAGGAGGCAUGCACGGCUUGCCUGCUGCUGAGUUCUGCAUGAACUCGGAGACACCAGGCCCCCCGCAGAGCCCCCAGCAACAGGAGAGACCCCAAGAGCCAUGACAGGUCUGUGGACACGUGGCCAGCCACGGGGACAACACCUAACAGCAUCUUCCUGAGAUGACAUGAGCAGAGCUGAGACCUAGCCUAAGCCACGUACUUUUUAGUCUCCUCUGGAGGCUCCCCUGGCCUUUGAGUGUGUCAUCGCCGUCUCUCAUGGCUUCAGCUGGAGGAGGGUGUUGGAGCAGGGGGCUAGUGAAAGAGUGGCCUGACCAAGUAGUACCGGGUGUCACCUAGCCACCUCCAAAACCAGGAUCCUCCUGUUAGGAGAGUACAGGGGACACGCGAUCAUGAUGAAUUCUGUGCUCCAUCAGCCACACACCCCCAGCAAACAA